AUGGCGUCCCUGCUACCCUUGAUCCAGGACAUUCUGCCCAUGAUAAUACCAGCAUCCAUCACAGUAACUAAGGCCGCCGACAUACUACCUCCUGUGACCGAAGCCAACGGAGAUGGGCAAGAGAGAUCUAAGGUGCAGGUCAUCAGCCGGAACGCGGUUGUCGACAAGACGGAUAAGAUGUGCGCAUCCGUCCUCAUUGUAAAGCCAAAGGCAUCUUCCUCGGUGCGCCAUUAUGGCGAGCAAGGUACGCUCUUAAGUGACGCUUCAGAAGCCAUAAUAUACGCAGUCUUGGGCAAGGGCGCAAUACUCUCACCGCCAAAGGAUGAGGGGGAGGAGCCUGGGCGGCACGAGCUAGAGCAAGGCGAUUUUGCAUUCAUCCCUGCGUGGACCGAACACCAAGCCGUGAAUGAGUGCGAAGAAGGCGACUUCCACUUGAUCGUCAUCCGCAGCGGCGGACAUCCUGUCGAGGUCAACUUGACAGACUGGGGCGGCGCGGAGGUCAAAGUCAACAAUAAGCAGAGCCAGUAG